AUGGAUGAAGACUUUAAAACACAGGCACUUGACUCUACUCUUCAAAGUCCAUCAGAGACAUUACUUUCCAUUCGACUGUUAGACUUCAAAACAAGUUUAUUGGAGGCGAUAGAGGAGCUGCGUAUAAGAAGGGAAACAGAGAUUAAUUACGAAGAUCAAAUAAGUAAAAUUGUUGUAGAGAAACAGGAACUUGAAUGGCAGAAGGAAACUCUGCAGCAUCAGACAGACACAUUGCACCAAGAAAACAGAGAAGCUAUGGCAGUUUUUAAAAAACAGUUACAGGCAAGAAUGUUUGCCGUGGAAGAAGAAAAGGGAAAAUAUCAACUUGCUGUAGAAACAAAAGAAAAAGAAAUUGAUGGUCUGAAAGAAGCACUAAAAGCAUUACAGAUUUCAAAAUACACUUUACAAAAGAAACUGAAUGAAAUGGAUCAAAAAUUACAUAUGCACUUAACAGCGAAAGAUGAGCAUCAUAAGAAACUGAAUGAAGUGGAGAGGUGUUAUGCUACUAUUGCACAUCAGUUUGGAAUCGUAAAAGGUGUUCAUGGAAAACUAGAGCACAGUGUACAGGAAGCAAUACAGCUCAAUAAGAAACUAACAUCAGUGAAUAAAAGACAAGAGACUGAAAUAAGUAAUCUGAAGGAAGAACUGAAGAAAGUAACUACAGACUUGAUAAGGUCCAAGGUCACAUCUCAGUACAGGGUGGGAGAAGAAAAUAUCAAUCUUGCAGCAAAGGAAAAACAGAUUCAAGAACUGCAACAAAAAAUCAGAAUGGAGACAGCAGUUAGUAAAAAAAUUCAAGAAGAAAACACUCACAUUAAAGAAGAAAAGCUGGAGAUUCUCAGCUCUCUACAAUGUGUGCAGGAGCUGCUUCAGCGAAUAACCCAAACGAAUGUUAGAAUGGAAAGUGAAUUAAAUACACUGAAAGAAGACUAUCAGACCCUUGAAAGAGAUAAUGAGCUGCAAAGGGAGAAGGCAAAAGAAAAUGAAGAAAAGUUUCUUAAUCUUCAGAAUGAGCAUGAGAAAGCACUAAGAACUUGGAAAAAAGAUGAGGAAAACAUGAGAAGAGAAAUAGAUACUAUUAAAAAUGAGCUGAAUUCCCUUAAAGGAGUUCAUAGACAUCUUGAAGAUUAUCAUCCUCCUCAGGGAAAUCAGCAUUCUGAGCAAGUGGAAAAUCUGCAGAUGCAUUCAGCAGUUCAACCCAUACCAGCAAAUAGUGGUCAAGAACACUCAAAAGACAGUGAAAUACAGGCUAUUCAGAAAGAAAAUGAGUGUAUGCACUCUAUAAUAAGAAAAGACUGUAAUUUUGGACAUGAAGAAGAAAUUGAAGUAAAAACCACAAUGGACUACUCUUUAAGCACUGAGGAAUUACAGAUAGAACAAAAUCUACAAGUUCUUGAAAACAGUUCUAAGGAUGAAAUUAAUGUUGCUAGCCCUUAUGAAGAAAAGCAAAGGGAGGCUUCUCCUAGGAAUACCCUCUGCACAGAUACUGAUUUAAUUACCCAAGGACAGACCUCAGAAAUACAUGUCACUGAGUGCAAAGAAGCAGAAAAUCUAGAAGCAACACAUAGAAUGUUACUAGAUGAAAACAAAGCAAAUUUAGAACAAAAGCCACAGAACAGUACUGAGCCAUUGGCACCAUGCCACACACAAACAAGAAAGGUCUUUUUAGACAGUAUUGAUGCUGUAGGUGCCUACAAGAAAAAUGGAAGUCAGGAGACUGACUGUAGCAAGCAAGAACCAUGCAAUACUACAGCUGAAUCAAUUUAUACCAAGGCAGAUAAAAAAUCAAAUACCAUACAACACAACAAAAGCAUCCUCACACCUCAAGCACCCAAACCUGAGUCUGAAGCGAUUCUUUGCACUGAGAAGAAUGCUGUGUGUGAGAGAAGUACAGACAAUCAUCAAGCUAAGGAAUUAAGUUUUGGCAUCGUAUCUUCUAUCAAAGAAAACUCUCAAACAGAAUACCAAAUUGGACAGAAUACUGAAGUGGACUUGCUGGACAGUGACAAUUAUGUAGGCAACGGAUUACAUAAAACAGAAAAAAAUUUCUUAAAUCUGAGUGGUUUACCUAGAGAUAGACUUCCUUUGAAACAGACACAGGUAGAUGCUGAAGACAGAAAUUAUGAUAAUGCCAGAAACAUGAACAGAAAUGGCAUACUGAGAAGUACUGGUGUUCCAGCAACUGAUGCUCAAAAUCCACCAACUGUUUAUUUUGAUAACACAAGUGGUGAUGAUGCCACAAAAGAACACAGUGAUAAUAUGUGUCUCUUAGGUGCUUUCAAUUUAUGCCCCCACAAAAGAGAAAGAGGAAUAAACGUGGAUGACAUGCGCAGCAAGCAACCUGAACAAGACAGUACUGAACAAACAGGGCACGAUACAAAUACAUGUACUUUCAACGCUGAAGCCAUAGCUCCAGUAAAGGCUGAUGGUCUUGAAAUAAUUGCUGAUAGAAAAACCCCAACAGACAGAAUCAGCACAGAUAAACUAAUUCCAUGUAAAAAAGUUAAUGAUGAUAUUCAGAUACGCUCUAGCAGAAAUGGACAUUCCCUGGAGAUUAAUAAUUCAACAUAUAACACAUUGUUAAAAGAGAAAAAAGACUCACUGAAUAUUACAGUUCCAGGAAGGAAGUUUGCUGAGGGUCACCUGAAAGAAUCAUGUUCUUUACCCAUGAGAACAUCUGGAAAUUUAGUAAACAUAAGUGGAAGGUCAUCCUUUGAUCUUUCAACCUCAGAUAAAAAAGCUGAGAAAACUCCAGUAUACUUAAAUUUUUUAGACCUCGGUUCUUGUUCAAGAGUAAAUCAAAUGAGAGGUCAAGCUACAUGGACUCCAGCUUCCAAGGAACUUUCCCUUUUGAAAGAGAAACUACCAUGCUUAGUGGAAAACACAAAGGUUAUUUCAAAAACACAGUGUCAAAAUCUCAGUGAAAAUGUUGACAGAAGAGAAACAGGACUAGGUUCUACCAGUUUUAACAGAGCUGCCGACACUUUGAAUACCUCUAGUAUCCACCAAGACCCCCAGGGAGAUCCUAGUGAAGAAUGGAAUGCUAUAGCAAAGACUUUUUAUGAUUCUUCUUUUCCCACAGAACAUGUAAUGAAAGAAGGAUUUACUGCUUUACAGCACGAGCAGAAGUCUUCUCAGACAACUGUACCUCCAGCAAGAAGCGAAAGUGCACUUGGAGCUGAGGACAGCUGUUCUAUUCAUAACUCCAUUAUACAAAACCAAAUAGAAGAAAUUGAGAAAUUCCUGAACUUGGGAAGACUCCAUUCAGCAAGAAAAAGAAAAUAUGAAGGCGGCCAGUGA